AUGAUGCUGUCUCAUCUACCUAAUAGAGCAGCUCUACAUCGCUUUCAAACACUUUCAUACCAAAUCAGACGCAUCAUGACAAUGAAAGAAGCAAUUGUUUCCAGCGGUCCAAAAGUGAAGAUCAUCGACAGCCCGAUUCCAAAAGCAGGGCCUGGACAGGUUGUUACCAAGGUUGCUUUCGCUGCAAGCAACCCCAAAGAUUGGAAGCGACCUUUGUAUUGGGGUGCUAAAGGUACCGGGAACCAAGGCGAUGAACAUGCCGGCGUUGUUCAUGAAGUUGGUGAAGGAGUGUAUGAGUUCAAACCAGGUGAUCGCGUUGCGGCGAUGCAUGAGAUGAAGACGUCUGGUGGGAGUUAUGCUGAGUAUGGUGUGAGUCCUGCUUAUACUACAUUCAAGCUACCAGACAACACUUCCUUCCAAGAGGGCGCUACAAUACCACUCACAGCACUAACUGCUGCUUGUGCACUGUACGCACGUCUCAAGCUCCCAGAACCAUGGCUUCCAGUCCCAGACUCUGAGAGAAUUCCUUUGGUUAUCUGGGGGGCUUCUUCAGCAGUUGGGUCAUAUGCAAUCCAACUUGCUAGACGGUCCAAUAUUCAUCCUCUCAUCUGCAUAGCUGGUCGCGCCCAAGAGCAUGUAGAUAGUCUGAUUGAUAGAAGCAAAGGCGACACAGUCAUCGACUACAGACAAGGCCGCAACACAGUCAUCCAAGAGAUUAAUGCCUGUCUCGGGGACAAGAAGCUACAAUACGCAUUCGAUGCGAUAUCAGAGGGAGGUUCCUACCAAGCUAUCUGCGAAGUUCUUGAUGGGGCUACUGGCAAGAUCACUCUCAUAAUUCCAGCCCAAAGCUAUUCAGAUAUUCCAAAGACCAUUACCAAAUCUGUUACUACUGUCGCGAGUGUUCAUGAAGAUCUGAAAGACUUUGGGUACAUUUACACGAAAUAUUUCAGCAAGGGGCUUGAGGAUGGCUGGCUGAAAGCGCAUCCACAGGAAGUGAUCCCAGGUGGCUUGGAGGGUAUCGAGGAGGGUUUGGUGAAGUUGGAGAAUGGGACGGCGAGUGCUGUUAAGUAUGUGUAUAAGAUUGAGGGUACACCUGGUGUCGAGUCUUGA